AUGGCGGCUUCAUCACCGAACCCCGCCAACACCGGCGAUUCGCAACAGCAUGACUCUCAGAUUGCCGCUGAGGCGACUGUACAGCAGACAUCUACUACACUGCAAGCUGAUGACUCUGCGACGGCUUCAGCAUCAACCCCUGCCACCACAUCGGCAACCGACACCAUAAAGCCCGAAGCCACGCAGCCAAAGCUGUCGGUGGACGAAGAUGAUGAGUCGGACUUUGACGAACUGGACGAGGUUCUGGAUGACUUCAAACCCAAGGCUCAAGCUCCGACGGACGCCACCGCAUCAAAACCCUCAGCCGCCGGCGCCGCUGCUGCUACACCCAAAAUCCCCGAAGAUCUAGACGAACUCGCAUUUAUGAACCAGCUUGAACAAGACAUGGCGAAGAUGAUGAGCCAGGCGGCGCAGCAGUCCGGCGUCUCAGAUUCCGAGGGCUUCGAAUCCGCCAUCAACCAAGGCGCAGACGCAUUCACAAAACAACUAGAAGAAAGCGGCAUUCCACCGGGCGAUUUCAUCAAGCAGCUUCUGGCGGACGUGAUGGCCGAGGAGGCAGAGGAGAAGGGACAGGGUUCGUCGUCAGCGCCAGCCUCGUCCACAGCCUCAGCAUCUGCAUCAACGAGUGCUGCGGCGGAAGCCGGGUCCGAAUCAUUCAACGACGCAAUCCAGCGGACAAUUAACCGGAUGAAGGAAUCUGGCGACAAGGCGACUGCUGCAGCUUCGGAGGAUAAUACCGAUGACCUCGUUGCUCAGCUGCUGAAGGCCAUCGAGGCCGGAUCUGACGGGGUCGGAGAUGAUGGCGACCUCACCAAGAUCUUCAUGGGAAUGAUGGAGCAACUUUCAAAUAAGGAUAUGCUUUAUGAGCCGAUGAAAGAGCUCGACACAAAAUUUGGCCCCUGGAUCAAGGAUAACAGGGGCGAAGGCAAGGUGUCGGAUGCUGAUAUGGAGCGGUACGAGAAGCAGGCCGCCCUGGUGUCUCAGAUUGUGGCGAAAUUCGAGGAGCCCGGAUAUACCGAUGAAGAUGCCAAGUGCCGCGAGUAUGUGUGGGAGAAGAUGCAGGCCAUGCAAGCAGCGGGUAAUCCUCCGGACGAACUGGUCGCCAACCCUUGGAUGGAUGACUUUAAAGGUGGCGGCGUCCCUGACUGUCCACAGCAAUGA